UCGUUCUAUAGCAGAGGUGCAUCGUAAUGACAAACUCAACAAACUGCAACAACAGUCUAAAAUUGAGUUACAAUGUUCAGCUCGUUCAAGUCAUUAUUUAUGCCACAAUUUUCCCUUUUGGAGCCAUAUUUAAUGUCCUUGCCUUGUGGGUGUUCUGCUGCAAACUGAAAAAAUGGACAGAAACCAGGGUGUACAUGAUCAACUUGGUCAUUGCAGACUGUUCUGUAGUCUGCACCUUGCCUUUCACAAUUUACUUCCUCUGGAAUGAUUGGCAUCGUGACACGCUGUGCUUAACUAUACAGUCUAUAUAUUUAAUAAAUAUGUCCAUGAGCAUCUACAUUAUCACUAUCAUCUCAGUCGACCGAUACAUUGCCAUAAAGUUUCCUCUGAAGGCAAAGAGUUUAAGGUCACCAUGGAAGGCUGCUCUUAUCUGUGGGCUUCUUUGGGUAUCAACGAUAACUGGUCUGAUCGUAAAACAAAGGAGAAAUGAACGUUUGUGCUUUCAAAAGCUUUCCACAAAACCAUCAACCGGUUUUCUAUAUCUCUUCAUCUUCAUUUUUUUAAUUCCACUAAUAAUAGUGUGCUUUUGUUCCAUGCACAUCAUCAGGAGUCUUAAAAAAAAGAUUAUCUCCAAUUCACACAAAAAUAAGCUAAUCGAGAAAGCUAUCUAUAUUGUUUCUGCAAAUAUGAUUGUAUUUAUAGUGUGCUUUUUACCUGUCCAAAUUGGGAUGCUUGCUAGGUUUGUGAUGGAAAAAAAUUUAGUUAACUGUCUUGCAAUCCAGAAGAUUAGAACUUUUAUUACUGUUUCCACAUGUAUAGCAAAUUCUAACUGCUGCAUGGAUGCCAUUUGCUACUAUUUUGUGGCUAAGGAAUUUCAAGAAGCUUCUUUCUUUCAUAAGCCCAAAUCUCAUCACUCUGAGACAAAGCAAACCCCCACCUCUCAGUUGAGGACAUUCGAAAUGCUGAUAUAAAAAUAUUGCAACACCAAAGCCAGAAGUAAUAAGAGAAGCAAUGGGCUUAUCAAGCGUGGAAUAUUCAUAGCUGUGUUUAAUCUAUGAAAAUAAAAUCACCACAUACCACGCUGUUGUUAAUUUUAACAUGGUUUCCUGUAUAUACACAGCAUUAAACAAGUAACUGCUGUGACUGUACU